AUGAACCUUCCAGAGACCCCAGGGGCUUUUCUCCCCACUGUGGAAGGCACAGCAGCAGCAGCUACAACAACAGCAGCAGCAACACCAGCAGCAGCAGCAGCAGCAGCAACACCCCCCAUAGAUUCGCCGCAGAGAGGGGCCCCCCUACCCUCUCUUGUGCCUCUUUCAUAUCCUGCUGCAGCAGAAGCAGCAGCAUGGCCCCUUGGUAGCCCCUCGGGGGGCCCCGAAGGGGCCCCCCCGGGGGGGCCCCCUGGGGGCCCCCCGGGGGGCCCCCCUGAGGGCCCCCCUAACGGGGCCCCCCAGGGGCCUCCGGGGCCCCUGACGGGGGCUCCCGCCCUCGGCAGCUUGGGCGGUGCUGGAGCAGCAAAUGGGGGCCUCCCAGGUUUUGCUGCUGCUGCUGCAGGAGGGGCCCCUGAGGCCUUUGGGGGCCCCACUCAGCCCUUCUACCCCGGGGGGGCCCUCUCAAGCCCUUUUCAGGGUAUUGGGGGCCCCCUAGACCCAGAACUGGCGGUUUGGGAGUCGAUACCUGAGACAGAAGACCCUUUGCUGCUGACAGUCCAGGCUUUGCUGCAGCAAGGCGGGGGGCCCCUGCGGCGCACUGCCCGCAGCGCCCGGCUGGUGGCUUCGCAGAUAAGAGAGACAGCAAGACAGCUGGGGCAGCAGCAGCAGCAGCAGGCCCCCUUGCUGCCACUGGCUGUGCCUGCUGCUGCUGCUGAGAAGGCGGCUGCUGCAGCAGCAGCGGCCGCUGCUGCUGCAGCGGCUGCUGCUGCUGCUGCUGCUGCGGGGGCAGCUCCGGCAGGCAAUGCUGCAGCCCCUGGUGCUACAGCAGGGGCUCCUGCUGCUGCUGCAGCACUACUGCCAGCAGCCACAGCAGGGGCUGCAGCGGCAGCAGCUGCUGCUGCUGCUGGUGCUCCUGCUGGUGAGCUAGCGACUGCAGCAGCAAAGCCACCUGCUCAGGAUGCAGCAGCGGCUGCUGCUCCAGCAGCUGCAGCAGUACCAGCUGCUCAUGCAGCAGCCGCUAGCGAUGGAGGAGUUGCUGCAGUGGAACCAAAGCCAGCAACUGCAGCAGCAGAUACAGCAGCGGCAGCAGCAGCAGCAUUCGCAGCAGCAACAGAUGCAGCAGGCGGCGCAGCACUGCCUGAGAGCGUUGCAGCAGCAGCAGCAACGUUUGCAGCAACAGCACCUGCUGCGGCCGACGCUGCAGCAGCUGCCCCCCCUACAGCAGCAGCAGAAGACAGGGGGCCUGAUUUGCAGCCCCAAGCUGCUGCAGCAGCAGUAACUGAAGCCGCACCAGCAGCAACUGAUGGUGCAGCAGCAGCAACAAAUGGUGUCGCUGCAGCAAUAACAAAUGAUGUCGCAGCGGUAGCAGCAGCAGCUGAUGCUGCGGCUGCAGCUGCAACAAAUGCUGCAGCAGCAGCAAUCGACGCAGCAGCAGCAGCAGGUGAUACUGGGGUGGCAGCAACUGACGUUGCAGCAGCAGCAGCACCUGUUGCUGCAGCAGUAUCUGAUGCAGCGGCAGCAGCAGCAACUGACGCUACAGCAGCAACAGCAACUGAUGCUGCAGCAGCAACCGACGCUGCAGCGGCAGCAGCAACUGCUCCUGUAGCAGCAGUUGACGCAGCAGCAGUAGCAGCAACUGACGCAGCAGCAGCAGCAGCAACUGAUGCUGCAGGAGCAGCAACAGAUGUUGCAGCCGCAGCAAUCGAAGUUGCAGCGAAAGUAACCAUCGCAGCAUCAGCAACUCUUGCUGCCAGCAAUGAAGCAGCAAAGCCAUAG